AUGAAUUUCGGAAUUCGGCUGUGUCUCAUCUUCAUUGUUGCUGCACGAGCAAGAUUGCAAAAGCGCAUAUUUGGUGGCAUCGUAUUGCCCAACUCAAAGUACACUUGGCUAGUCAGGAUAACCAAAUGGGAACCGGACCCGAGAAUUUGUACAGGUGUACUGAUCUACAGUAAAUAUGUUUUAACCACGGCCAGUUGUUUGGGGACAAAUGUUGACGAACUAUUUCGACUGUUCAAAGUCGAAACAAGAAUACCACAUGAUGAUUAUUUAAUGAAGAACCAGUGUCAAAGUGGAAAUCUCGCCAUUCUAAAAUUGGAGAACCAUGCGCACCUGAGCGAUAUACUGUUGGAUUACGGAAAAAUGUGGCGUCAUCCAAUCCCCUAUGUAAUAACCCCUGUGAUGGAAAACAUAAGUCUGUAUAUCGGCUGGCCCAAGGAGGGGUCUAAACACGGUCUCGUAAAACCAGAAUACACCUAUUUCCUUGUCAAACCCAAAACGUUUUGCUCCGCGGCAUUUGGUUGCGAAUAUGACCACGAUUCCCAAUUCUGUGCGACCAAAUUGUCUGCUACUCUUGCAACCCUGGACACG